AUGAAGGUCGCCAAAUCGUGCAGUCAAUGCCGCAUAGCCAAACGGAAAUGCACACCAGAUCCUGUCCGCGAUGCUCGCUGCCUACAAUGUUCCACGAGACAGCAAUCUUGCUCUUGGUCCCUCACUCGGAAUGCAAAACAUCGGUUACUUCCUGUUGAUUCUCCAUCAUAUCCCCGAGUAUGGGUAGAGAUGGUGGAAGAUGGCGUUCGUGACGAACUUGUGGACUUGUACUUGGAGCUCAUACAUGAUAAGCCUCACACGCUUUUUCAUCCGUCACAUCUAAAAUCCCGGGUACGCAAUGGGUCUUUAGCGAAAGGAACCCUUUAUAGUAUCUUGGCGUUAGCAGCUCGAUUCUCUACGGGCCUGGCUACAAGGGAACGAACCAAGGAUUUCAUGCAGUCAGCCAAAGACCGCGUCAAAAUGUCAAUUGACGACAUCACUCUAGAUAAUGUCCAUGCCACCAUUCUUAUAGGCAAUCUCUGUGGAUCUGAGGGUGAUUCGAGUGGUGAGGCAUUAUAUUUCGGGAUAGCAUUUAGAAUGGCACAGAUCCUUCGUCUUCCUGAGCCGUCGCUGGACGACGAUGAAAUCAUGAGGGAAAGCAGACUUCGUACUUGGUGCUCACUAUACAUGAUUGACCGGUGGUCUUCAGCCGGGUUAAACAUCCCCCGUCAGAUCCAGGACGGUGAUCAAUUUCAGUUGCCCAUGUCUGAAUUGGACUUUCAUAACCUGGCUCCUGGACAGGCGGCCGGCAACGGCUCACGGAUCACCAGGCCAGGUCUCUGGGGUUAUAUGAUUAUUCUGGUAAGAAUAUUCGGUCAGAUCCAACACCUGCACCGGCAACUGGCCGAUGGCACAUUGGACAAUUCUGGCAUCGAGGCCUCUACCCGUCAGUUAGCUUCCGAGUUUGAGGCUUUCAUCCAAGGCCUACCUUCCGGACUCCAACUCACGAUGGGCAACAUGAAGACACAUGCUAGACUUGGGGUCGGGCAAGCCUUUGUUGCCCUCCACUUGGGUUAUCACCAUUAUGCUACCCUUUUGUAUUUCCCAUAUCUUGGCUCUCAGUUGACUCAUAUUCUGGAUCAGAAGCUCUUUGCCACACGAUGCAAGCACCACGCAGCGGCCUUCAGCGAUCUCCUAAGGUCGUCCAGUGAGACGAAGGGGUGCGAGGUUGUAUACUUCAUUGUCGCUCAUAUGACAGUGACGUCGUCGUCGGUGCUCCUUCAUACGCUACUCUUUGGCCAAGAGGAUGAGUUACCUGACACCAGAAGGAGGCUAUAUUACAACUUCCAGAUUCUACUAAGACUAAAAGCCUAUUGGAGAGGCGUGGGCAUGAUGAUUGAACGGCUUUUUACAUUUCAGAAGGCCUGCAUGCUGUCGAUGGAUCGGAUUUAUACUAUGGACAAAUGGAUUGUGAAAUUUCUACUGCAGCACGCUUUGCCGAUAGAGGGGAAUCUUGGCCCACCGGCCACGUCGCAGCUGGCACAGAGAGACAAAUUUGCCAACGAUGCACUGUCAAUGCUUCGACCCCAGGGGUUUCAAUAGAUAUAGUAUUUCUCAAAUUAUUCCUUACGCGCUAGGUUUCCC